UCAUUGUCGGAUCGAUCAUCACCGCUUUUGUGUGUGGCCGGAUACCGCCUAAAUAUAAUAUGCUGUUUAUCGUGAUAGACAUUACCACGAGGCAUAUUAAAAAGCCAAAAAAUUAUAAAUAUAAUAAUUAAUUAAUUACAAAUUUUUAUAUAUCAGUUAAUUAAUAUUUAUUUAAAUAUAUUUUGCUCAAACACCAAAAAUAGAUAUAUUUAUUAAACAUUUUUUUUUCGGCAAGAUAACCUCAGCCACGUGUUUCAAUGUCUUGAAGAUUUAUCAAUUUUUAUUAUCACGAGAAAUAAAUUAGAGAUCAAGUACAAUGGUGGAGUUUGUUGAAGGCUGGAUUUUCGGGCCUACUCUUGGAGAAGGUGCAUAUGGAGAAGUUAAAUUGGUGAUAAACAAAGCAAGUGGUGAUGAAGUUGCCAUGAAAAUGAUUGACCUUGUAAAACAUCCAGAUGCACGUCAAUCAAAUAAUGGCUCCAAUAAAGAAGCAACUGUUCACAGAAUGAUGUCUCAUCCAAACAUCAUACGAUAUUAUGGUCAACGUAGUCAAGCAAACAUGGAGUAUAUAUUUUUAGAAUAUGCAUCUGGUGGUGAACUAUUUGAUAGAAUUGAACCUGAUAUUGGUAUGCCACUUUGGGAAGCACAAAAAUAUUUUAAACAGUUAAUAUCAGCUGUUGAAUAUCUUCAUCAAAAAGGUGUUGCACAUAGAGAUUUAAAGCCUGAAAAUUUAUUACUUGAUUCACAUGAUAAUUUAAAAGUAUCAGAUUUUGGUAUGGCAACAGUAUUUCGAAUGAAUGGUAAAGAACGUCGUUUAGAAAAACGUUGUGGUUCAUUGCCAUAUGUUGCACCAGAGGUAUUAACAAGAGCAUAUUAUGCUGAACCAGCUGAUAUAUGGUCAUGUGGAAUUAUUCUUGUAACACUUAUGGCUGGUGAACUACCUUGGGAUCGUGCUGGUCCACCUUGUGAAGAAUAUGCUGCUUGGCUAGAAGGAAAAUACAUGGAUUAUACACCAUGGAAAAAACUUGAUAAAGCUGCAUUUAGUUUUGUUAAAAAUAUUCUAGUACAUUCACCAUCAUCAAGAUUUAAAAUUGAAGAUAUUAAAAAUCAUCGUUGGUUCCAAAAAAAUCUUUAUAAUGAUGGACAAAGUGAUCAUGAUACAGUUGAUAGUCCAUCAUCAAAAUCACCACGUAUUGAUGAAGAUAAUUUUGGUAGAAAUUGUUUAUCACAACCAGAAUAUACAAAACAACAAAAUACAUCAUCAAUACAUAUUGAUAUUGAAAAUCGUGGUGGUUUUUCAUUUUCACAACCAGCAGCAAUUGGUGAUUUGCUAUUAUCAACACAACCAUUACAAGCAACACAAAAUUCGAGUCAAAAUUCAAGUCAAAAUGGUAGUACACCAUUCCAACGUUUAGUUAAACGUAUGACAAGAUUUUUUGUUAAAACAAAUUGUGAUGAAACAGCUAAAAGACUUGUUAAUAGUCUUGAUACAAAAAAUUAUGAUUGUCGUAUUAGUGAAAAUGGUAUUGUUACAGUAACAACUGUUGAUCGUAGAAAUAUGCAAUUAAUAUUUAAAGCAAUAAUGGUUGAAAUGGAUGGUAAAAUAUUAGUUGAUUUUAGAUUAUCAAAAGGUUGUGGUCUUGAAUUUAAACGUAGAUUUGUAAAAAUUAAAGAUAAACUUGAUGAUAUUAUCAUGAAAGGACCAGUAUCAUGGCCAAUUGCUAUUGCAACAAAUACAUUACCUUGAAAAAUUUAUUAUUGUAAUAUAUAUUUAAAUUAGCUUAUAAACAAAUUAUUUAUUUUUUUUUUCUAUUGUACAAAAAACAAAUGACAAGAUUAACAAUAGAAUAUCUUAUCAAUGUAUUAAUGAUUUAUUUAAGAGCUUUACUAUAUAUUUUUAUAUGAACAAAAGAAUAAAAUAAAAAGAAAAUUUAUGUUUAUUAAAAAUUUUAUUUCAAA